AUGGAUAUUAAAGAAAAACGUAGGAUAUCACUUCCUGCACCAUAUAUGAGAUCCCAUUAUGAUGUAGUGGUAAUUGGUUCAGGUUACGGUGGAGCUAUUGCUGCCUCUCGUAUGUCACGAGCCGGAAAGAAAGUUGCACUUUUAGAAAAAGGUGAAGAAAGAUGGCCUGGAGAAUAUCCAGUAGAAUGGAAUGAAUGUCUAAAAGAAAUUCAGUAUAGUUCCGCUACAGGUCACGUGGGUAAACGGGAUGGAUUAUAUCAUUUUUAUAAUGGAAAAAGUCAAGAUGCUUAUGUUGGAUGUGGACUUGGAGGUACUUCACUUCUUAAUGCAAAUGUGGCUCUGGAGGCAGACCGACGUGUUUGGGAUAUGCCAAUUUGGCCAGAUGAAAUUCGUAAUGAUCAUAGUAGUAUAAAAGAAGGUUACAAACUGGCUAGAGAAAUGCUUGAACCAGUUCCUUAUCCUGAAGAUUUUCCAUCUCUUCCUAAACUUGAGGCUUUGGAAAAACAAGCUUAUAAAUUGGGUGAUGAAUAUGCAAAAAACUUUUAUCGUCCUCCUAUUACUGUCCAUUUUGAAGAUCGAAUAAAUAAUGCUGGAGUUCCACAAAAUAAAUCUACUUUAUCGGGUAACGAUUCUACAGGAGUUAAUGAUGGAAGUAAAAAUAGCACUUUGAUGAAUUAUAUUCCUGAUGCUUGGAAUCAUGGAUGUGAAAUUUUUUGUUCAAUUGAUGUGAAAAGAAUUAAGAAAGAAGAAAAAACUGGAAAAUGGAUUGUAUUUUAUGAAUGGUUAGAGAAUUCACGACAUGCAUUUAAGACUGAUUCUCAAAAUUCACUCUUUUUCGUGAUUGCUGAUGUUGUUUUCCUUGGUGCUGGAACCUUUGGUACCAAUGAGAUUUUACUUAGAUCAAAAGCAGCUGGUCUUGAAAUCAGUUCACAGUUGGGUCAAUCCUUUAGUGGAAACGGUGAUAUAUUGGCAUUUGGUUAUAAUACUGAAUUGUAUUGUAACGGAGUCGCUAUAGGCAAUAAUAAUCCCACUGAAUUUGUACCUCCCGUCGGUCCCACCAUUACUGGUAUCAUUGAUAUGCGUGAACAAGCUGACGAUGUUUUGGAUGGUUAUGUAAUUGAAGAAGGAGCAAUUCCUUAUGCUGUAGCCGCUGCUUGCAAUGUUUUAUUUUCUUCAUUAGAAGAUAACGAAGGUUCAGUAUCACCCAACCUUUCUUUGCUCGAAAAAAUUGUUGGAAAAACGAGAAAACUUGUUUCCAAGAUUUCUAAUUAUCGUGGAGCUAUUGCAAAUACUCAAGUUUACUUGAUCAUGUCACAUGAUGACAAUACUGGUUAUAUGGAAUUACAAGAUGAUAAAUUAAGUAUUAAUUAUCAAGGUGCCGGGAAAACUAAACAAGUUAAGGAUUUGAAUAGUUUAUUAGCGGAAGCUACUACUAGAGUAAAGGGUACCUUUAUUCCGUCACCUUUGUGGUCUGAGUUUUUAGGGUUAAUUACUGUGCAUCCGAUUGGUGGUUGUUGUAUGGGAAAGAAUGGUUAUGUGGGUGUUGUAAAUCACAAGGGUCAGGUUUUCAAAAGUGAUGACACAAAAGUUCAUGAAAAUCUUUACAUAUGUGAUGGAUCAAUCGUACCAAGGGCUCUUGGUGUCAAUCCUUUCUUAACCAUAAGUGCUUUAGCUGAAAGAAUUUGUAGUUUAGCUGCCAAAGAUCGAAGGUGGGAUAUUAACUAUAAACUUGUUGACAAAGAAAUCGAUUUCAGUGAUCCACUUGUUGCAUGGCCUCGUGAAAUUAUGGGACCAAAUGCCUAUGAAAUGUGGCCUCCAAAAACAGGUAGCAUUUCGUUUGCUGAAGUCAUGAGAGGUUAUUUCUCUACUGAUGUCACUAUAAAAGAUUACAAAGCCGCAGAAAUGCAAGCUAAAACUUCUAAUUCAACCAUGCAAUUUUUACUUAACAUUAUUAUGUUCGAUGUAAAAACUCUAUCUUCCCUUGAGAAUGAUGACUCGUGGAUUGCUGGUACCGUUUCAUGUCGAGCCUUAUCACCUGAUCCAUUACGCGUUCUUCGAGGAAAAUUCCGACUUUUUAUCAGUGAGGGAGAUAGAGUUGACACUAAUUCUAUGAUGUAUAACCUUAAUCUGAUGGCUACUGAUGGAACUAAAUAUCGGUUUAAAGGAUUUAAAUUGUUGGAUCAAUCUAACAUCUUAAAUGCUGUGGUAGAUGUAACUACAUUAUAUGUUUCUGUUUAUGAAUUUCGUGAUGGUGAUGAUUUAAAUUUCGAUACUGAUUCGGAUGCGGAUGAUGAUGAAGGAAGAAAAGUUAUUGGAAGAGGAAUUUUAGAAAUAUUACCAAAUGAUUUUAUUAAACAGAUAGUUGGUGCUGUGGUUGACUUUUUCAAGUUCUUCGGCCAAACUAUGGCUGAACGUACUUUGACCAGAUUUCUUUCGUUGCAGUAUUCUUCAGAUAAAAGUAAUGUGCAACAUUAUGAAAGAAGUAGGCCAGCUGAAGAAUCUUAUGAUGUGAUUGCCGAAGAUGGAGUGAAAACAAAAUUAUAUAGAUAUAAAGGAGGAAAUAAGGGUCCUGUACUUUUGGUCCACGGUGCUUCUGUAACACAUGAUAUGUUUGCAACAACUUUAAUUAAACAUAACUUUUUGGAUUAUCUCAUUGAAAACAAUUAUGAUGUGUUCUUGGUUGAUUAUCGCCUUGCUCCAUCAAAUGCAGAAAGUUUUAAUCAGCAUACUAUUGAAGAUUGUGUAUUAGAUGUUAAACAAGCUGUAAAUGAUAUUCGACGAAUUACUGAAUGUGAAAAGAUUGCGGUGAUUGCACAUUGUUUUGGAUCACCUUUAACAUUUAUGGGUCUAUUGAGUGGACAAAUUGAAGGAGUCGGUUCACUUUUUGCAUCACAAUCGGCAAUGAAUCCGGUAUUCGCUUUCUGGAAUCGAGUCAAAAAUGAUCUUCAUUUGGUUCAAUUUUUCAGAAAGGUUUUAAGACAAGAAACAUUUGAUGUUCGAACUUCACCACACACCACUUUGUUACAAUCCGCUCUUAAUCAACUUUUACGAUUCUAUCCAUACCCAAAAGGUGGAGUAUGUCGAAAUGCGCUGUGUCACAGAAAUUCAAUGGCCUUUGGAACACUUUAUCAACAUAAAAAUUUAAACCAAAAUUUACAUGAUAAUCUUGAUGAAUUCAUGGGAGCCAUUAAUUUAACUACAAUGGAACAACUUGCCAAUUCUGCAAGAAAAGGAGUAUUGUUAAAUCCAAACGGAGAAGAUGUUUAUGUCACUGAUGAUAAUAUUAAAAAAUAUUUGAAUUUCCCUAUUACUUUAAUGCAUGGAAAUGAUAAUACUGUGUUUAAUGAAGAAGGAAUGAGGAAAACUUAUGAGAAACUUAUUUUUAAUAAUGGUGGUUCUAAAUACGCUUUACACAACCUUACUGGUUAUGGUCAUUUAGAUGUUUGGUGGGGGAACAGAGCUCAUAUCGAUAUAUUCCCAAGAGUUUUAAGGCACUUGGAAGAUACAAAGAAUUUAUAUGGAUAUGCUUACAAAGAAUAA